CGUGAAAGAACUAGUUAGAGAGGCUGUUUCAUUGCAAACACCUACAGGAGAAACCCGGACCCGGUGCUUCCCAAUAACACAAAGGAAGGAUUUUCCUGGAGACUCACCUGGAAUCUACGUCCCACCAGGCAGUGGGGAGAGGCAGAACAAUGAAGAUUUUCCCCAUUCUGGGUUGGAUGCUUUUCCCAGGCUGCUGGGCGGUGACGGGCCCCGGGGCAGUGCACGGCCCCGCGGGCGGGUCGGUGGCGGUGCGGUGCCGGUACGACUGGGGCGAUGAGGAUAAACCGAAGUUCUGGUGCCGGGACGGAGGAAGUUGGGCAGGAAGUUGGCGCUGUUCCAAGGGGCUUUACAUCGUCGAGACCGAUGGGUCGGAGGCGGAGGUGAGGCGGGGCGGAGUCUCCAUCCGAGACAAUCGCACCCAGCGCGCGUUCACCGUGACCGUGGGGAACCUGACACCGGCAGACGCCGGCACGUACCACUGCGGGGUAGUGAAGAAGUGGGAAGUUGAUCCCACGGACACUGUGACACUCACCGUCUCCCCAGCUACUUUUUCUCCACUCCCAACAGAAAGGUCAUCAUCAGCGACAGCUAAUUCUUCCCCUAAUUCAACAGAAAGGUCAUCAUCAGCGACAUCGUCAGCGACAGUGCAACCAGCUUCUUCCACGUCAAUAUCUACUUCCAUCUGCACAACUGCUGAGGAAGGGAAAUCCAGCUUCUCCACUAACCAGGAUACCACUUCCUUGGUGGCUCCACAGUCAAACAUUCUCCUCCACAUCCUGCUACCAUGCGUCCUGCUGCUUCUCAUUUUGUUUCUGCUCGCUGCUGUGAUGUUGGUGAGAGUGUCCAAGAAGAGGAAAAAAGAGCUUUCAGGAGCAUCUGUGCAGAGGGACAAGAACAUCAACCUGUCAAAUUUGGUGGUUGAGAACAAUGCAGCAGGCAGCAGCCCAGAGUAUGUGGUUAUAGAUUCUCCUACAGCCACUGACCAAACAGGAUUUUACAGCAAUGCUGAGAUCCUUCCUAACUCAGUGAACUCUGACUGCAAUUAUGUGGAAAUCCAGCCCCACUGUCAGGGGUCAGAAGAGGUUUCUUAUGUCACUGUGACGAUUUCCACCCCCGACCAGCAGCCCAUCUAUGCCAACGUGGAGCAGCGCCGCAAGACAACUCGCCCAGCCAAGCCCCCUGAGGAAACCCUGUACAGCCCUGUGAAGCAGCCCACCAAACACUAACCCUGGAUAUGAGGCAGAGUGGGGAUGGAGGCUGCAUAGUCCUUAUCCAAGCUGCUUGAUCCCGACCUGGCAAAAUUUGAAGCAACAGGGUUUAGAACCAAAUCUGACCUGGACAAA